GUCUUAAACUAGUUGGGUUAAACUUUGUACUUUCGAAAACGAAACAAGAAGUUAAACUAAAUUUGUUAUUAAGUGUAAUAAUAAAGAUAUUAGGAUAUUUACGAAAUGGCUGAAGAACGUGGCUUCACAUCAAUCAGGGACGGUUCAGAUGCUGAUUUCGAAAUUGUCUGUACGCCUUGUGGGGAAGAUAAUAUCAGAGAAGAAGCUGUCAAAUUUUGUGCAGAAUGCAACCAGUAUCUAUGUACAACAUGUGCCAGGUAUCACAGAAGAAUAGCGGCUUCAAAAUCUCACAAGCUUCUGGAUACAGAUGAUGCCAAAAACACAGCAGUAGCUGCCGUAGUAACGAAAUGUCGGUACCAUCCGGAUAGAGACAUUGGGAUGUACUGUGGAACACAUGACAUGGUCUAUUGUCUAAAGUGUAUAGCUACGGAGCAUAGGGCUUGUGAGAGUGUUAAGAACAUAGAAGACGUAACGACAACUUUUGUACAACAAAAUGAAAUACAAGGUUUACAAGAUGAAACUAAAGCUGUUCGCGAUCAGUUAAUAGCUGCAAACAAGAAGAAACAAAACAAUGUCGGUACCUUUGAAGAGCAAAGAAGCGAAAUACUACGCAAUAUUCAGGAUAUCGAAAGAAAUAUAAUAGAACAUAUAGGGGAAAUUAAAAAGAGAAGCAGUUGAGAGUUUGAACAAAAGGUAUUCUGAAAUAAAUAGCGGAAUGGAAGCAGAAAUCACAUUGACGGCCAAUACAAUAACAGAAGUCGACAAAUCAACAAGUAUGUUGCAAAGUGUUAGCAAAAUGGAUGUUAGGCAACAGUUUGUUCAAAUAAAACUGAUACAAAGGACUGUAAAAGAUGCUAAGAAAUUGUUUGAAGAAAGUGAGUCACAGGGUACUAGGGUUGCUCGUUUUAUUGAAAAUGCAGAUUUGAAAACCGUUAUAAUGACUGCCACAGAUUUAGGACGAUUGGAGACAAUGAAUAAACAUAAGAAGCUGCCUUCUCCAAAACAAUACAAAUUGAAAUCGAAGAGAGAGAUUCAUGUCAGAAUGCAAAAUGAUGUUGAGAGAUGUUAUAUAUCUGAUACAUGCCAGCUUCAUGAUGGUACGAUCAUACUCACCGACUUCUACAACAAAAGGGUAAAAUGGUUAGACACGAAUUAUAACGUAAAGUGCCACUGUGAUCUAAAUAACUAUCCUAGUGACAUCUGCUGUACUACCCAGAGUGAAGUUGCUGUGAAAAUGCACGACAACAAAGUUCAUUUUAUAUCGGUUGAUGGUUCGAUAUCGGUACUGAGAGAUAUAUCGAUAGAAGGUGGAGAUAACUGGGGAAUGGUGUAUAUUGCUGGAGAUUUGUGGGUAUCUACCGGAAGUGGUAUCGACGUGUACAAUAGAUCAGGUACACUUCUGAAGUCUAUCAAAAAUAACGUAAAAGGUCAGAGAAUAUUUAAAUCUUCUCCUCAGCAUAUGGCUGUUAGUGGAGAAAAUGUUAUUGUAGCAGAUAACAGUGAUGGGGCUGUGUGUUUAGGAAGAGAUGGAACAGUGAAAAGUGAACUGCGGGAUGGCAGGCUGAACGGCUCUCAAGGUGUGUGUGUAUCUAGUGAUGGCACCGUGUUUUUAUCUGGACGUAGAUCCCACAAUCUUGUGAUGUUUAGUGGUGAUGGAAAUUGUAAAGGGGAGCUGCUAACGCAAGAAAUGGGGCUAACAUAUCCUGGUUCGCUCUACUACGACAACAAAAGAAAUUGCCUAAUUCUAACAUGUCAUAAAAGGUGUGAUAGUAUUUACAUACUUGAAAUGUGCGAUUGAUUUGAAGAAAUACAGACAGAUACUCUAAAAACCUUGGGACAACAAGAUAUGUCGAUCAAUUGCAUGCAUUUUUCAAGACCUUGCAAAUUCGUAUUUUAAUUGAAUUACAUGUAUAUACUAUAUCUCUUUCCUAGUCUGAUUAUUUAGAUUUCCACAAAAAUCGUUUUAUAAAUAGUAAUUUAAAAUUAGAAUGUCUUUGUGAACUGGCAAAUGUCUUUGACGGGUUGCAUUCUCAAAGUGAUUUAUAAUCUUAACAAUUAAAGAAUGCAAUAGUUCUUAUCACAUACUAGAGUUUAGAAGUUUGACGAAAUACAUUUAUGUUUUAAAUGUGAAACUUUGAAAAUCGUGGAUCAUAGAAAAUCUUGACAAUUUUAGAAAACUUCCAUUGCAAAACUAUAUUCGUUCUUUAAAGUUGCAAGCUAUUGGUGCCCUACAUCAUUCAUAAGUAGUAAUUGGUCCAGGUGUAUUAUAAAACUAACUGAAGUAAUUGUGUUAAUGAAGCAAAUAUUAGUCACAGGAAUAAAAGCGUAUAUCGCACACCGGUAUCGGUACUUUAUAGAGGAUAUUACAUGAGUGGCUUUUCAUAUUGAAUUAUUAAGCUAGUUGAAUGAAAUAAUAAAACGCGAGGCUCUGCCGAGCAUUUUAUCAAUUUUAUUCAACGAGUUUAAUAAAUUCAAUGUAGAAAGACACAAAUGUAUUAUUAAAUUAUUUUUAUUACAUGUAAGCUUUUCCUGCUGAAACGUAACACAAA